AUGAUUGUGCUUGGAUGGAUGCUUUUUGUUGGACUUACAUGUUACAUGGGUACAUUUCCAGAGUUGAUGCCUCCGACUCUGAAGUGGAAAGAGAGGUGGCUUGUUCAGAAGAGCAAGGCACGAUGGAAGAGCCAGGCUUGGGAAGAAGAGCGGCCCCGGAACAAUGUGGAAGGGAUAUAAAUAUCCCCCAGGAGGGACUCCUCUGGAAAUAAGCAAGGAUGAUCCUGGUGAAGUCAUGCAGCUCUGAAGCUCACCUGAAUAACUGUACAGUUCCUGUUGUUGGUUUCACAUAAAAUAAUUGCACAUUACUUUGUCAGUUCAUGUAUAGUCACUGUACUUUUGAAGAUGAACACAUAGCUCCUUGUAGGGAAAUAGAUUCUUUCUGUUGCAGGCUCUAAG